CAAUGGACAGACAAGGAAGCAUGUCCUCUGAGUCACUAGCAGAUAUAAGGGGUUUUCAAGAACACUCGUUCUCAAGUGGACAUCCACGUUUUGGGCAACACUUCUGGAAUCCAAAGUUCUGUGUGGUCACAGAUGGUCAAAUGGUGCUUCUGGAUAAGGAUCAGGUCGAUCCCUUUAUCCUACAGCAGACGAUGGCUGACACAUGCAAAUUGCGCUUACUACGGCGCACCAUCAGCGUCCCUGUGGAGUCACAGUUCCCAGCGUUCCACAAUCACACGGCGACAGAGACUGUGGAGAACCAGAACACCACCCUGAAGCGGGUCAGGGUCAUGUUGGAGUGUGAAAUCAUUAGCCAUGGAGGGGAACUGACUGCUCCUGGUUACAGUUUGGUGUGGCACAUUAUGCUUGAGAAAAAGGCAGCAAGUGUUUGGGGAAUGUUUGGAUAUAAGCUAUGA